UCGGUCGCCCCGGUAACGCGCGCGGGGCCGGUUCCUCACCAUGAGCGUCCGGGUCGCGCGGGCAGUGAGGGCCUGGGGAUGGGAUGCGAGCUGCUGCCGCGGCGCCUCGAACUUCCGGGUGCCUCCGCCGGGCGCAGUGGACGUGGCGGAGCUGCUGCGAGAUGCGACAGUAACGGAGGAAGGGCCUCGGGCAGCGGCGGCCCGGCGGCUGCCUAGUCAGUCCUCCGUGCUGCUCUUCCCGGGCCAGGGCAGCCAAGUGGUGGGCAUGGGCCGCGGGCUGCUCCGCUACCCGCGCGUCCGCGAGCUCUACGCCGCCGCCCGCCGCGUGCUGGGCUACGACCUGCUGGAGCUGAGCCUGCACGGGCCGCGGGAGGCCCUGGACCGCACCGCGCACUGCCAGCCUGCUGUCUUCGUGGCGUCGCUGGCCGCCAUCGAGAAACUGCAUCACCUGCAGCCCGCGGUUAUUGAGAACUGUGUUGCUGCUGCUGGAUUCAGUGUGGGAGAGUUUGCAGCCCUAGUGUUUGCCGGAGCCAUGGAGUUUUCUGAAGGUUUGCACGCAGUGAAAAUCCGAGCGGAGGCCAUGCAGGAAGCCUCGGAAGCUGUGCCCAGUGGGAUGUUGUCUGUCCUCGGCCGGCCUCAGACCAGGUUCACCCUCGCCUGUCUGGAAGCCCGGGAGCACUGCAAGACCUUGGGCAUAGAGAAGCCCGUGUGUGAGGUGGCCAACUACCUCUUCCCAGAUUGCAGGGUGAUCUCAGGCCACCUGGAGGCUCUGCAGUUUCUCCAGCAGAACUCCUCUAAGUAUCACUUCAGACGCACCAAGAUGCUGCCGGUUAGCGGCGGGUUCCACACCCGCCUCAUGGAGCCAGCCGUGGAGCCCCUGGCACGGGUUUUAAAGGCAAUAGACGUCAAGAAGCCUCUGGUGUCCGUCCACUCCAAUGUCGACGGGAAUCGGUACACGCAUCCAAAGUACAUCCAGAAGCUGCUGGUGCAACAGGUAGUCUCCCCGGUGAAGUGGGAGCAGACGAUGCACGCCAUAUACGAGAGGAAGAAGGGCACCGAGUUCCCCAGAACUUUUGAAGUGGGACCUGGGAAGCAGCUGGGAACCAUCCUGAAGAGCUGUAACCUGCAGGCCUGGAAGUCCUACAGUCACGUGGAAGUGCUGGAGGCGGAUGAGGACCCGGACCCAUAGGGGAGGAGGGUGCUCCAGUGGGCCAACUGGCCUGUCUCCCCAGGAGCUGCGCUGAGCCUGCCCCGCCUUCCGAUGGGGCCUCC